AACCACCACGGCGCUCAUCCAGAAACGGUGAAUACGAAGGAAUUAACCUGGAUGGGAAGCUAUUCACUGUGGGAUUAAUCGCCACAAGGUCGCGGGAGAGGACUGGACUUGUGUCGGGCUCGAGACCGCACCGAUAAAAAAAAAUGCGUUCCGGACUCGGUUGUUUUCGAUGUGGACGAUAUCUCGAAGUGUGAUGGCAGAAGUCCAGUGAAUCGCUGGCCUCCCCUCCUCUCUUGUGUUGGAUGUCUUGGGGGGUGCGCUGCCACUGGUUUCUGGUGCUUCAGAUUCUUUUUUCAGAGGUUUUAUUGUAAUUCAAACCCAUUGCUCUGAUUUGUUCUUUUUUUUUUAUGGAGUGCACGCCACCAUGGACAGACCAGGGUUUGGAAUAGGAGUGGCUAGCUAAGUCGGGAAUAUGUGGUUAAAUGGGACAGGAACGAGUAGACCGUGAGGAUUCUCUAACCCUUGCCCCGGAGUCCCAACCGUCUGAGAGGGUGUCGGACCUCACUGAGGCAAUCCUGGGCCGUUGGCACUAAAAUGUCCCUAAGUGGUGGCACUGCAGGCGGGAAAGGUGUGGACUCUAAUGCGGUGGACACUUACGACAGCGGGGAUGAGUGGGAUAUCGGUGUUGGAAAUCUGAUUAUUGACCUUGACGCUGACUUAGAGAAAGACAAACUUGAGAUGUCUGGUACCAAGGACAGCAUGGCGGCACCACCCAGUGCAGUGGCAGCGUUGCCUGACAACAUCAGGUUUGUUAGUCCAGUGUCAGGCUCUCAAGGCAAGGAAAGCAAAUCCAAAUACAAGCGCAGUAAGAACUCUAAAGACAAUAGUAGCAAAGCUUCAGCUGGAGAUGGGGGUAAAAAAGAAACUACAGGACGGACUCAGGGGGAGCCGACAGGCACAGCAGCGAGCGCAGGAGCUGCUGGCAGUAAUUCCACCUCUGGGAGGAACAUGGAAAAAGGGGGCAAAGCCUCCCGGGGUGUUCUGAGUGGUAAAAAAGAGAAAGAAGGGGCAAGUGGGAAAAGUAAGAAGGACAAAACAGAUGGAGCCCCAGUCGUGGCAAUAGGUGCUGCGGAGAAGGAUGUUGUGUCUCAAGCCCAAGUUGCUUUGGGGAAUAGUCGUAAUACGUCAUUUGAGAACACACAAUCAACAGACUUGGCAGAAGCCAAUCAAAUGGGGAAUAUUGCACUUGAACCUGUUGGGAUAGUACCAGCAUUGACCACAAAAACUGAACCAGAGGAGGUGGAAAAUGGUAAUACCGAAUGCAAGACGUUAAAGAAGGUGAAAAAUGAAAAGAUGGAAUCUCCUGUCUCCACGCCAGCCCCUCCCCCCCUCCACCUCCUGGCCACAGUGGGCAACAGUGAGAUUGCCUCACCGUGUGAGCAGAUAAUGGUGCGUACACGCUCGGUGGCAGUGAACACAUCCGAUGUGGCCCUGGCUACCGAACCUGAGUGCUUGGGGCCCUGCGAGCCUGGUACCAGUGUCAAUCUCGAAGGCAUUGUGUGGCAGGAAACCGAGGACGGCAUGCUGGUGGUCAAUGUUACUUGGAGAAACAAGACAUAUGUGGGCACCCUGUUGGACUGUACACGGCAUGACUGGGCUCCCCCCAGGUUUUGCGAAUCCCCUACAAGUGAUCUGGAGAUGAGGAAUGGCCGUGGUCGAGGCAAGAGAAUGAGGCCGAACAGCAACACCCCUAUCAACGAGAACAGCAACUCAUCAGACAACAAGGGCACUACCAACAACAAAACACGUGCUGCCUCUAACAGUAAGGGCCGGAGGGGCAGCCAGACGCCAUCAGAGCGCCGCACCCCGCCUAACAGCAACACAGAGGACAUCAAGGCCAGUCCUUCCUCUGCUGGAAAACGCAAGACCAAACCAGCCUCAGACAUGGAACCGAAUUCCAGCUCAGAGGACACCAAAGGCAACAAACGUAUGCGGACAAACUCCAACAGUGGAGGGGUGGGGCCAACAGGUCUGCCUAUCCCUUCUAUUAAGACUGAGCCACUUCCACCUCCCCUUGAUCGCAGCUGCCCCUCUCCAGUUCUUAUUGACUGCCCACACCCUAACUGCAACAAGAAGUACAAGCACAUCAAUGGUCUCAAGUACCACCAAGCCCGUGCCCACAAUGAUGAUGACAUAAAGUUGGACUUAGAUGGAGACAGUGAAUAUGGAGAGGACUCAACUCUCCACCCUGAACCAGGGAACUGUAAUGGAGCAUCUAUCUCUCAGAAGGGAUCCUUGUCUCCAGCACGUUCAGUUACUCCAAAAGGCAGGAACUUUGAUGCUCAAAGUCCUUCCCCAUCUCCUGGCAAGUUUGGUUCAAAGCAGAGCAAAAAGAAAAUUGCUGAGACAGAUCCAGAAACGGGAGGUACACCGAUGGAUGGGUGUGAGGAUGGGCCAUGCCUCACUGAUGAGGCCAGUAACGAUGGUAUAGAUGAUAAAAGAGGAUCAGACAAGUCCAAAAAGGCUGGGACUGGCACAAAGGCUGAUAAAAUGGCCCAGAAAAAUAUGAAGUCACCACGGCCUAUUGGCCCUGGCUCUACAGCAUCCCAGCAGAUGUACUCUUUUCCUCCUGGAAACCCAAAUUCCUCCCCAGGGCUUACCCCAAUGAUACAAGGUAUCCCCAAGAGUCCACAAAUGAAAGGCACACAGCCUAAACCCCCUGCCAUUGGAGAUCCUGCCUCAAGUAGCUCCAAAGACAAGAAGAAGAAAGACAAGAAGAAGAAAGAUGGCGGGAAAGAGGCUGACAGCCCCAAGCCUCCAGGAAAAGGAGGGAAACUUGAGGAAGGAAAGCUUGCAUACCCUGAGCCUUCUGAUCAAGGAAAUAAGGGGGAAGGACUCCUCAAUGGUUCCUCAGAUCCUCAUCAGAGUCGCUUGGCCAGUAUCAAGGCUGAAGCUGACAAGAUUUACAGCUUUUCUGACAAUGCCCCGAGCCCUUCCAUUGGUGUAGCCAGUCGGAUAGAUGGUAGUGGGAUGCCGCAGCCCCUCACGCCACUUCAUGUCGUGAACCAGAAUGGUGCUGACAAUUCUUCAGUCAAAACUAAUAGCCCAGCAUAUUCAGACAUUUCAGAUGCUGGUGAGGAUGGUGAAGGGAAACUAGAAGGUGUAAAAGUCAGGACAGAGGACCAAGCCAUUAGGGAAAGUGUCAAAAAAGCACUCUUUCCAAACCAGACACCUAGCAAAGAUUCCCCGUACUAUGCCGGCUAUGAGACGUAUUACUCACCCAACUACGUCAACCCUAGUCCCAGUGGACCCAAUCCAGGCGCUCCAGUGGCUGAAGGUCAGGUUAAGAUCAAAAGGGAUGAUGACCAGGACCAAGGUGAGGAGAAAGUCAAGGUUGAAGUUCAUGAAGACCGCAAACCUGACAGCAGUGCUCCUGGCCAGCAGCCGCAACAGCAACCCUCAGUCAUUCAACAGCGAUCCAACAUGUACAUGCAACCUCUUUACUACAACCAGUAUGCUUAUGUCCCCCCAUAUGCUUACCAUCCCGAUCAAGCCUACCAUAACCACUUAAUGAACACCAACCCAGCCUACCGGCAACAGUACGAGGAGCGGCAGCGACAGAUGGCUGAACAACAUCGUGCUGCUGAGAAGAAGUCAGAUGUAGCCAUAAAAGAACGAGAAGCCUCCAUGAAGGAGGAGUGGAAACAAAAGAGCCCAAUGCCACCAAGCCUCUCCAAAGCCCCUAGUCAGUCAGACCUCGGAAAGACUUCGCAGCCCCAAGGAAAAUCCAGGGACUCGCCCUCUGAGCCCUCCUUGAAAUCCAUUGGAAGCAUAAAGGUGGAGGACCAGAAGUCCCAGCAAGCUGAGGGGCUAAAAAUGAAGCUGACUGAAGGGGGCCACCAUGGAAAGGAAGACUCCAAGCAAACACUGGAGUCUAGAGGUCAGGCAGGGAUUGAGCAGGCCAUAUGGUACAGACAGCAGUACCCCGAGAGCCAGAAGCCCCAAGCAGAGGACGAACACCAGCAACAACAGCCUCGAUGGAAAGACGAAAGGGAUAGAGAACGGGAACGUGAUCGUAAAUUAAAGGAUGACAGACCAAGGCCCAAGGACAGUCAAAGUGGGCCCAAGGAGGACAGCAAAGAGGGCAGCGAUCCCAGAAUCACUUCUGAGGACCACCGGGCUAUGAGCAAAGACUCUCGUUCUAAUCCCCACAUGCAGUUUUCAUCACCACUAGCGCAGCACCAAGGCUACAUGCCCUACAUGCAUGGUUACCCCUAUGGACAAGGCUAUGACCCCAACCACCCAGGGUACAGGGGCAUGCCCUCAGUCAUGAUGCAGAAUUACCCAGGUUCUUACCUACCCGGAGGUUAUCCGUUUUCUCCGUACGGAAGUAAAAUAGGAGGUGAGGAAGGCAGCGACAAAUCUCGCGCUAGCCCUACUGUCACCAAAACGGCAACAGACUCCAAAGCCCUUGAUAUCCUGCAUCAGCACGCCAGUCAAUACAAGAGCAAAUCCCCCACAGUAGGUGACAAGCCACCCCACGACAGGGAGAGGGAGCAGGACAGAGGAGCUGCUGGAGACAGAGACCGGGAAAGGGAGCGCGAGAGGGAACGAGAAAGAGACGUGGACCGGCCGCGCUCCUCCCCCUCUCAGCGCAUCAUGCCCUCUCACCACCACCUGGGAUACCCCCUGCUCUCAGGGCAAUAUGACCUGUCCUACACCACAGGGAAACCUGACCGUCACACCUCAACCCUGCAAAGAUUCAUGUGACUGGCUCACAUGAGAAGAAGAUCUCCUGGGUGUUACCUUUUAGACAUCAGUUGAAUGGUGUUUCUAUCUAUAUUUUUAUUUCUUCUGCCAAAAGGCAAGGCAGAUUGUCGUUUUUUUUUUCUCCUCCCCUCGUAAAUCCCCCCUCCUGCCCCAAAUUCUCCAAACCUUGGACUGUAACAGGACUGAUAAUAACCCAGGUUCAAAGCCAUCACUCUGCUCCAUCAUGCAGAGGAAACACCAACCCGCUGAUUAUUUAGUCUUUGCACUGUCAACAAAUACAAUGCAAAAAGAGACUAUUGGACUGCCAGAACAGCUUUUUUGGUUGUGUUUUUUUUUUUCUUCCUAUUUUUUUUUUUCCUUUGACUGCAUUGUUUUUGUCGCACGCAGAAAGAAAUUGGCAGUGAUUUUGGGGAUUUGGGUGGCUGAUGGGAAAGGGGAGUCAAACUAAAUUAAAGACUGACAAAAAAAAAGUGAAUCAUAUUGAAAUGAUUUCAACUCUAUGUCUUUGGCUUCCUGUAUGCCGUGAAACAACAGUAUAUCCUUAACUUGACAAAUGUUUGGCUAUAUUUUGUGGGGAGAGGGAAUAUGGCAACAGCUGCUUUCUUCAGAGACUUUAGAGCCUGAGACUGAAGUUUUUCAUUUUCCAUCGUCAUUGUUAAUUCCCAUCCUCUUUGAACCCUCAGUUCUUGUUUCAGGGAUGAUGUUGUCAUGUUUUGCGAAGGGACCGCGUACACCUCAACGGAGAAUAAACACUAUUCAUGUUUUCUUUUCUCAGUAAUACUUUUAGUUCUACUCCAUAUCAUUGUGUUCAUCUUUGAAUGUGUCUGAUGCUGGUAUUAGUCCUGUUUUUUCCUCUCAUUGGAAGGGUCACAUCUGUCCUCACGCUCACUCAAACGGUGAAGCCACAUCAGCAAGCAAUGAAUUCACAGGGCUUGUCAUCACUGCAUUAGGCCACUUGUGGGUGUUUUGGUUUUUGUUUUUUUUGGGUGUUUUUACUGUAAGAUUGCUCAUUCAGCUCAUCAAGUUUGAUCGUUUUCUGUAAACAAUGUGAAAUUUCAUUCAACUCAUGUAUUUUUCUGCUGUAAUAUAGACUUUUAGCCUACUUUUAUGUGCAUAAAUGUUUAUAUUUAUCCCAGCACGCAACUGUUUAAAAACUGUCACUGUUAAAUAGCUUUCGGCCUUCAUAGCGUUUAACACUUUGUGCUCAGAAUCAUUGCUGUUGCAGAUUUCUUGGACAUCUCGGUGUGCUUCUUGUUUGCGCCGGUUUCGGUCGUCUUGCUGCAGAUUUUUUUUUUUUUUUUUUUAAACAUUUUUUAUUAUAUUAUUCAUUUUUUUUUAACACAUCACCCGCUCCAUUCAUCUCAACAUGCAGUGUGCGAUUAGACUGGUUCCUCCAGACCUCUGAGCCUCUGUCCACAUCUCAGAUCUUUUUCAGCGAUUCAGUGACAACUCACAGUGAUAAUUCAGUCAGAUUACGAGAAAGCAAAGUGGUGAAUCAGUCUGAUUUUUAGGGUAUUGUGCACUGUCAAAACGCCAAAAAAUUUGGCUUGGUGCUUCGCUUGCUUGUGUGACUUCACCAUAACACACAUUCACCUCAGUUUUUAGCAUGGUUGUUUUUUUUUUUAUCCUUUGGAUCAGUCCAAAAAACUGGGCCAGUGAGUCUGAUACCUCAGACAUCAGUUUGCUUUUGUUCAGUUGCUGCCUGUGCUGUAAGGUCAACCACUGGCACGUUAAACAAAAGUGCAUGAAAUGACACCCCCCCCCCCCCCCCCCCCCCCCAAAAAAAAAAAAAAAAAAAACUCUUUUCUGCUGUUACUCUUACAGAACAAACAUGAACCAAUCCGAUGCAGACAAUAAACUUAAUUGAAAAAGGAAGGGCGAGCCAGUGAAAAGCUUGGAGCAAAAGCCAACAUGGUAAAACGCGCGAGGUGGGACCUCGAUCGUCGCACACGACUGAAGCAGGAAGUUUUCCCAUCAGCGCUGAACAGAAGCACGUUGCUCUGGGGUUUCCUUUGGAUCUCAAACUGUUGGUGCCACUGUGUAAAAGUUAAACCGCGUCUGGUUAACUUUAAAUCUACACAAAGAGCGACUGUCGGCGCGGCCUGUUCUACCAGAGGUCCCUCUUAAAUUACAGUUCUCCUAUACCUCAGGGGUUGUAAGUGAAAUUCUAUCCAUACGCUAUUUGCAUUGAUUUGAGAGGGCUUCUGUUUAUGGGUGUGAGAAAAGCACAUUUUCCGCUCUGAGCUGGGUGUGCUGCAGUGGUUCAUUCAGAAAUGACAAAUUGGCUCAGGACAGGGAAUUGUUACCACACUGUUGUGGGUUGUGAACAGUCUUUACGUUCCUCUAAAGCAUUAUAAUGAGAAUAGAAUAUUGACCGUGUUGUCAUUAAAUUUAAUUUUAUUGAUUUUUGGUUUUAAUGUUCCCAUCGUUGUAGUUUUUUUUUUCUUUUUUCAUUUAACACUGUACGUGAUCACGCCACCAGUUAAUCUCAUGUCUAACGCCCUCUGAAGUCUGAUGUUAGCCGGUUGUUGAGACACUACUCAUGAUCAUGAAACUGCAGCUCUUCAUUUUGAGGUUCUUGGACAUUCCAAGUAAAUAAGUUGCCAGUUUCUCGUCCCACGAAUUUUUGCGAGAUAGUUCAUCUUUUGACUUUUUGCGCAUUUUUAAAAGAAGAAUGGCUGACAUGAAUAAGAUGAAUGUGGUGGUGUUUGACUUGUACUUAAUCUGUAAGGGUAAUCUAGGCAGCUGUGAUGUUGUCAUUAAAGUCAGUGGGUUUUAGUACCAGCAGACUGCAUACAUAUAGUUUUAUCAGACAAUGGUUGUGACAAGUGCAUUUGUUCUCUCUCUGAGAGUAGUAAUGUUAUCUCAGUAGUAAGCAAAGCCCAG